AUGGCGACCCGAUGUUUUCUUUUGAUAUGCUUCGCUAUCACGACGCUAGCUGAACCAACUCCAGGGAGGAUCCCCAAGGUGUACAAUGCUCUGAUCACUUCGAACCAGAAUCUGGAACCAAGCAAGGCCUACCCAGUAUACCAACCAGUACUACGCAGCGCUGCCUUUCCGUUUCCACUGCAGCCAGUCUUUUAUGGGGACUUACCUUUGACAAAUCAUUUACUGCCGCCACCCGCUGCAUUGCCGCCAUCAGCCGUUCCAAAGGAUUCAAUCUCUAAAGAAGAAUUACCUCCACAAUCCUCUGAAGAACCCAAUGAAACACAAAAAGAAAUUCCGGAAGCACCGAACCCACAACCUGACAGCAACCAAGGAACAGAAGCACCACCACCGCCACCGAAAACCGAAUCUCCAAUACCGCUCAAUGAAUUCGGCUUACCUCCCCAGGUUCUGCCUUUAGGAAACUUCGGUUCCGGAUACGAGUUCACACAGAUAAAUACAUUCCCCUAUUCCUACCCGGGCUUGCGUUUCUAUGACUCUUACGAUCCCUUCUUAUUUAACCCUUACGCCAAUUUCCCCUUGUACCGACCUCUCCCAAAUGUAUUAGCUCCUCUGCCACCAGUUUCAAUUCCCAAGGAAGCUCCAAAGCCGUCACCGGCCCCGGAAAGCCCUGCUCCAUCACAACCGCCAUCAGAACCUAGCGAUCUAAACAUUCUUAACUACUCUUCGAAGGAUCCGGCUAUUCCUAAUGUACCACCACCACCAUUGCCUCAAGGAGGACUAAAACCUGAUGCUGCAUAG